GUUCGUCUGUGAUACACCGACGUGGCAAGCUAUUUUAUAGUUGGACUUCUCAUCUCGGACGAACAGUGACCGGCAUCCUCACAACCAUGCUCUCCCCUCCCCAUCUUCUCUCCUCCUCAGUCGCGACAGCACUCUCCAUCCUCUCUGGCAUUCUUGCUCCUCAACACGUCACAGCAGCGACCGUCUCUUCCGAAGUCGCACAGACCUUUCUGGGGAUAGGAGGUUCGGGCGCAUGGUGGCCUACCGAUCUGUAUCUCUACCCGGAUGAGGUGAAGAAGAACUUGAGUGCGUUGUUGUUUAGUGAGGAUGGGAUGGGGAUUUCUAGUUAUAGAUAUAAUGUUGGGGGCGGAGGUGUCAACGUAACGGAAAAUCCGACCCGCGCCAUCGAGACCUUCUACGUCUCUCCCGGCGUGUACAACUGGAGCGCGGACGCGAGCGGGGUGUAUUUCAUGCUGGAGGCGGCGGCGUAUGGUGUUCCGUCGAUCACUGCGUUUGUGAACAGCGCGCCGGCGCCGUUGACGUCGGGGGGCGCGAGCUGUAAUGGGAGUUUUGUUAAUGGUACUGGUCUGGAAUAUGGGACGUUCGUCGCGGACGUGAUCUCCCAUUGGAGAGCCGAAGGCGUGAACAUCACGAGGGUAUCGCCCAUGAACGAGCCCGAUAACAAUUUUGGUCCCUCGCCUUGUUCUCAGGAGGGUAUGGAGGUCGAUCCGAACCAGAGGGCGGAAGUCGUGGAGGGAUUAUACGAAGCCCUAACGAAUAAUAACUUGACCGAUGUGGUGGGUAUCAUCGUAGAUGAAUCUUCUUCGCUCAGUAGGGCGACGAGCGAAUAUUCUACUUGGCUUCCUCAAGUCCAAGACAAGGUCUCGGCACUCUGCCAUCACACUUAUGAUUUCCCGACGGAUGCAUCCUAUCUGUCGUAUAUCGAUGAUGUGCACACGAAUUAUCCUGGUGUCGACACUUGGAUGUCGGAAGUCUGCUGCUCAUUGGGAGAGGCGAAUGGGACUGGGCGUGGAUGGUCGGGAGGCUAUGACCCUACGAUCACAAAUGCUUUGAUGUUCUCCGGCAUGGUUCUCCAGAGCUUCGUUCUGGCUGGUGAGCCUCACUACGACUUCUGGACCUUGGUGUCGAACGGUAUUGGUUGCACGCCUGGCGACAACUCUACCUGUGACCCCACCGUACCUAAUGCUGAGGGAUGGACCGACGGAGUCAUCUACUACGAUGCAAAUUACGCCACGAAUGGGAACUACGAACUCUACUUGACGAAACACUUCUGGACCUACAAGCACUUCGGCAACUUCGUGAAGCCCGGCAGCCAGCGCAAUAUCGUCACCGGAGACGACGCCUCGAACACCACUCUGGUAGUCUCUACCUCAGAUUCUUACCAUGUCCUCGCCAUGAAUCCAGCCACGGAUCCUGUCAACGCUACGCUCACCUUCCCCGACGUCGUCUGCGCAACAACGGCCGUGCGCACGUCCGCUGAUGAGGACUUUGCGACUGUGGAUCCAGCGACGGAGGCUACGAAUGGGACUUGGGUGCUAGCGUUGGCUGCGACGAGUUUGACGACGUUCACGUUCGAGAGGGGUGCUUGCUAGCCUGAAGAAAUUGGGGGACGUGAAUGUGGUGAAAUUUUUGCAAUAGUAUCUGGAGAUUGGAAUGACGAGUGAACAGCCCUUCUGGCUUCACGCAAAUACUGCGAAGUCC